CCUGGGGCUCCGCAGAAGGCUGAGAGGCUGCGGGGGAGAUCCACAUGUGGCCCGGAUACAGAAACUCGAAGCCAUUUGAAAUCUUUGCAAGCCAAAAUUUUCUCUUGGGGAGGAAAAAAAGGAGCAGAAUAACUUGCAGGGAUCUGUCCUGGGGUACCAGGAAUGGCCCCGUAAAGGAAAAGGCAACUGGAGACCCACCAGAGUCCUUGGACCCAUCUGGAGUUGCUCUGCAGGACAGAGAAAGGAUGGAGACACAACCUUUUGUAAAGGAGGGAAGCGGAAAAGGCCCAUCGGCGCCUCAGCCUGGGAAGGGGGGGAAGCUCUGGAGAAGGACUGGGCAGAAGAUCCUGGAGGAGGAAACCAUCCUCCCUUCAGAAGUUCAGCCCUGGAACUUCAUCCAGUACCGGGAGGCUGAGGGUCCUCGGGGACUUUGCAGUCGUCUCCAUGACUUUUGUAGGCAAUGGUUGAGACCAGAAACGCACACGAAAGCCCAGAUGCUGGACCUGGUGGUUCUGGAGCAGCUCCUGGCUAUCCUGCCCCCAGAGAUGGAGGGCUGGGUGCGGGAGUGUGGAGCAGAGACCAGCUCCCAGGCGGUGGCCGUGGCUGAAGGCUUCCUCCUGAGCCAGGCAGAGGAGCAGAAGGAGCGGGUCCAAUUGCAGUGCUGCACUGUGGAGAUCAGAGAUCCUAAGGGAAAGAAGAACCCAUCAAAUCCCCCUCAGAAGCCAUUUUUCAGUGGGAUCCCUUGGGAAGAUCCAAGUCGGGACACCUCAGGAGAGAAACAACGAAUGAAGUUUUCUGUUUUUUACGAUGGUGCUCAAACAGCGGUUGAACCUCCAAAUCAAGAGAGUCUGGUGUCCUUCGAGGAGGUGGCUGUGUAUUUCUCUGAGGAGGAAUGGUCUCAGCUGGAUCCUGACCAGAAAGCGCUGCAUUCGGAAGUCAUGCUUGAAAACCAUAGGAACAUGGUCUCUCUGGGUAAUAAUGGGGAGGAGAAUCAAGAUUCCUAUGAACUGUUCCAAGUGAUCAAUGCUAAAGAUGGAAUGGAGAAGUUUGGAUUUCGAAUGGAAUUUGAAAGCCAUAAGAAAAAACAGUCAAAUAAUUGGAAUCAGGAAAGUUCCUCUUCCACUGAUGCUCCGAUGCAAGACUUUCUUGCCCAACAUGAGAAAAUAAGGAAGAAAUAUUUUGGGAAAAGUGGGAAGCUAAUCAAUGAUAUAUUACAUGUUAAUGAACACUGUUUAACACAAAACAAAGGAGAAGAUGCUAUAAGACAGAACAGAAAAAAUUACAAGUCGACAUUCAUUCUUUCUGUUGGAAAUAAUUUUCUUACAUCUCAAAAAGCGAUUGACACAGAAAAGGAGCCUUAUCAAUGUUUGGAAUCUGGAAAACAUUUUAGAACAAGCAGGCAACUUACUUCUCAUGAAAGGAUUCACACUGGGGAGAAACAGUGUUCAGAAGCUCCUCUAGCCCACACACCACAGCCCCUCCAAGCAGCAGGAGAGAAACCAUUUCAAUGCAUGGAGUGUGGAAUGACCUUUGCUGAUAGCAAGGGACUUAGAAACCAUAAAACAAUCCAGACAGGGAAGAAGCCAUUUAAAUGCAUGGAGUGUGGAAAAACCUUUACUGGAAAAAGGAGUCUUAUUUCCCAUCAGGUAAUCCACACAGGGGAGAAACCAUAUAAAUGCACGGAGUGUGGAAAAACCUUUCCACAUAGCAGUGGUCUUAGAUACCACAAAACGAUCCACACAAGAGAGAAAGCCUAUAAAUGUAUGCAGUGUGGAAAAACCUUUACUCAUAGCAAGGAACUUAGAAACCACAAAACGAUCCACACAAGAGAGAAACCAUUUAAAUGUAUGGAGUGUGGAAAGACCUUUACUCAUAGCAAAAAACUUAGAAACCACAAAACAACCCACACGGGAGAGAAACCCUAUAAAUGCAUGGAGUGUGGAAAGACCUUUACUGAUAGCAAUGGACUUACUGCCCACAAUACGAUCCACACAGGAGAGAAACCAUUUAAAUGCAUUGAGUGUGGAAAGACUUUUGCUCUGAGCAAUAGACUUAAUAUGCACAAAAAGAUCCACACAGGGGAAAAGCCAUUUAAAUGCAUGGACUGUGGAAAAACCUUUACUCAACGUGGUCAACUUACUACCCAUAAGAGGAUCCACACAGGGGAGAAGCCAUUUAAAUGCAUGGAGUGUGGAAAAACCUUUGCUCAAAAAAGGAGUCUUAUUUCUCAUCAGGUAAUCUACACAGGGGAGAAACCAUAUAAAUGCAUGGAAUGUGGAAAAACCUUUACCCAAAAAAGUAGCCUUAUUUCCCAUCAGAUGAUCCACACAGGGGAGAAACCAUAUAAAUGCAUGGAGUGUGGAAAGACCUUUGCUAAGAGCAAUAACCUAAGAAUACACACAAGGAUCCACACAGGGGAGAAGCCAUUUAAAUGCACGGAGUGUGGAAAAACCUUUACUCAAAAACGGAGUCUUGUUUCCCAUCAGGUAAUCCACACAGGGGAGAAACCAUAUAAAUGCAUGGAGUGUGGAAAAACCUUUACUCAAAUAAGUAGCCUUAUUUCCCAUCAGAUGAUUCACCCAGGGGAGAAACCAUAUAAAUGCAUGGAGUGUGGAAAAACCUUUACCCAAAAAAGUAGUCUUAUUUCCCAUCAGGUGAUCCACACAGGAGAUAAACCAUAUAAAUGCAUAGAGUGUGGAAAGACCUUUGCUAAGAGCAGUAACCUAAGAAUACACACAAGGAUCCACACAGGGAUGAAGCCAUUUAAAUGCAUAGAGUGUGGAAAAACCUUUACUGAAAAAAGGAGUCUUAUUUCCCAUCAAGUAAUCCACACAGGGGAGAAACCAUAUAAAUGCAUGGAGUGUGGAAAGACUUUUGCUCAUUAUUCUAAUCUUAUCACGCAUAAAAGGAUCUACUCAGGAGAGAAACCAUAUAAAUGCAUGGAGUGUGGGAAAACCUUUACUCGUAGCAAUGGACUUAGAAUCCACAAAAUGAUCCACACAGGAGAAAAACCAUAUAAAUGCAUGGAGUGUGGGAAAACCUUUACUUAUAACAGUGGACUUUGGUACCACAAAAUGAUCCACACAGGGCAAAAGCCAUUUAAAUGCAUGGAGUGUGGAAAGACCUUUGCUCAGCGUGGUCAUUUUAUUUCCCAUAAGAUGAUCCACACAGGGGAGAAACCAUUUAAAUGCAUGCAAUGUAGUAAAACCUUUACUCGUAGCAAUGAACUUACUAUUCACAAAAAGAGACACAUGGGGGAGAAACCAUAUAAAUGCAUGCAGUGUGGGAAAACCUUUAUUCGUAGCAAUGGACUUACAAUCCACAAAAUGAUCCACACAGGAGAAAAACCAUAUAAAUGCAUGGAAUGUGGGAAAACCUUUACUCAGAGCAGUGGACUUCGGUACCACAAAAUGAUCCACACAGGGGAAAAGCCAUUUAAAUGCAUGGAGUGUGGAAAGACCUUUGCUCAGCGUGGUCAUCUUAUUUCCCAUAAGAUGAUCCACACAGGGGAGAAACCAUUUAAAUGCAUGCAAUGUAGUAAAACCUUUACUCGUAGCAAUGAACUUACUAUCCACGAAAAGAGACACAUGGGAGAGAAACCACAUAAAUGCAUGCAAUGUGGGAAAACCUUUACUCGUAGCAAUGAUCUUACUAUCCACAAAAAGAACCACACAGGGGAAAAGCCAUUUAAGUGCAUGGAGUGUGGAAAGACCUUUGCUCUGACCAGUAGACUUAGAAGCCACAAAAGGAUCCACACUGGAGAGAAACCAUUUAAAUGCAUGGAGUGUGGAAAGGCCUUUGCUCAAAGCCGUUAUCUUGCUUCCCAUAAAAAGAUCCACUCAGAAGAGAAACCAUUUAAAUGCAUGGAAUGUGGAAAGACGUUUACUGAGAGCAAUGCUCUUACUUCUCAUAACAGAAUCCACACAGGAGAGAAACCAUUUAAAUGCGUGGAGUGUGGAAAGACUUUUGCUCAGAAUAGUAAUCUUACUUCUCAUAAAAGGAUCCACGCUCGGGAGAAAGUAUCUAGCAAUAGCAAUUCCACUACAGACUUAUUGACCAUGCCACAAAGCUUUAUAGCAGUAUUUGAACAGUUUACAAAGUCAGCAUAUUGUCCCAAGAAAUCUGGGUCCUCCUCAUAGGCUGAAUCAAUCAUGAGCUGUUGGUAAUUAGCUUGUAGUACUGCAUUUUAACUUCUGACCCACCACGUCUAUAGAUUUUUAUGUGUACGCAAAUUGUGCCUUUCUGAUCCAUAUGAGACA